AUGUUCCCACGAAGGCCUCUGGCCGCCUGGCUGGCGAGGGCGCGGGGCGGGGGCCUGCUGCGCCUGCUGGCCAAUCAGUGUCGCUUCGUGACGGGGCUGCGCGUGCGGCGCGCGCAGCAGAUCGCGCAGCUCUACGGCCGCCUCUACUCUGAGAACUCGCGCUGCGUCCUGCUCGGACGCCUGUGGCGUAGGCUGCGCGGCCGCCCGGGCCAUGCCUCUGCCUUGAUGGCGGCGCUCGCUGGCGUUUUCGUGUGGGACGAGGAGCGGAUCCAGGAAGAGGAGUUGCAGAGGUCCAUUAAUGAGAUGAAAAGGCUGGAGGAAGUGUCAAGUAUAUUUCAGAGCUCUGGAGUUGAGCACCACACUCCAGAACCGAAAUCCCAGAUAGAAGGGCCCGAAGGCUCGGAGGACGGAGCGCAGCAGUGGGAGAUGGUUAUGGACAAGAGGCACUUCAAGCUGUGGCGGCGCCCCAUCGUGGGCACCCACCUGUACCAGUAUAGAGUGUUUGGAACCUACACAGAUGUGACACCUCGGCAGUUUUUCAAUGUUCAGCUGGACACGGAGUAUAGAAAAAAAUGGGACGCACUGGUGAUCAAGCUGGAGGUGAUCGAGAGGGAUGCAGUGAGUGGCUCUGAGGUCCUUCACUGGGUGACCCAUUUUCCUUACCCGAUGUACUCUCGGGAUUAUGUGUACGUGCGGCGAUACAGUGUGGAUCAGGAGAACAACGUGAUGGUGCUGGUGUCACGUGCUGUGGAGCACCCUAGCGUGCCAGAGUCUCCGGAAUUCGUCAGGGUCAGAUCGUAUGAAUCCCAAAUGGUCAUCCGUCCCCACAAGUCAUUUGACGAGAAUGGAUUUGACUACUUGUUGACAUACAGCGACAAUCCCCAGACUGUGUUUCCACGCUACUGUGUCAGUUGGAUGGUUUCCAGUGGCAUGCCGGAUUUCCUGGAGAAGCUGCAUACCGCCACCCUGAAGGCCAAGAACAUGGAGAUCAAAGUGAAAGACUACAUCUCUGCGAAGCCUCUGGAAGUGAGCGGCGAGGCCAAAGGUACUGCCCAGGCCUCCGAGCGGAAGAAUGAAGGCAGCUGUGGCCCAGCUCGCAUCGAGUACGCCUGAAGGGUCUCGGCAGGAGAGGAACAGGGUGCCCAGCCCUGCCUCGGACCCUUCUCAUACUGCAGCAUGGGGACGAGCCAGAAGUGGUGGAAAGUGCCUGCUGGGAUGCCCGUGCAGGGCCAUCUGGUGACUGGUGUCUUGUGUCAUUUGGAGCCCUGUUGUGCUCUGCCAGGGAGAGGGUGGCAUCUGUGGAGCCUUGUCCUGUGCUCAGGCUAACCACCCUGAAAAUCAUUAUUCCACUGAGCUCACCCAAUGCCACUCCUGCUUCUCAGGCCGUGGGUUGCUCAUUUGCUGACCCUGAGGAGUCCUGCACUGACAUUCCACACCCUGCAGCGGCUGCACGGCACCAGGGCCUCCUGCAGGGAAGGGUGGCGGCGGCUCGACGCUCAGAGGGCCACGGGCAGUGCUCUUGGUAACAGUCCUGGCAUGAAGGGGUCUGAAAGAGCCAGGGCCAAGCCAAGUGCCUUGUCCUUACCUCACUCUUACCUUGGGGACACGAAGUUUGUACAAGGACGUUUCUCCAGUGAGGUGCACCUCACCGACCGAGUACCCGAGUUCCCGCACUGCCCCCCACCCAGCCUUAGCCAGUUGGCCAGAGCACUGGAGCUGCAGCUCCCAGACAGGGGCCUCUGAGUCAGUGACGGUGACAGUGUCACAUCUUAGCCCAGUUAACUUUUAAAAUACUGGUGUCGGCAAGGAAUUGAGGAAGGGUUUUCCUUAGUCACCGUUAGAAGAGUUUUGGUUGGGGGCUACUUUCCCUGAGGGGUUGACUUGCCCUCCUCAGCAGAGGGCUCAAGCUCUCUGAGCUAGGGACGCACAGAUGAAGUCUCGCCCAGACAGUGACAGUGCGAAUGUGGCUUACGGGACCCCCUCGUCACUCUAGAAAGUUCUUUCUCUGGAGCCGACACAAGGCAGAAGACCACACCCACGUGGUACUGGCUUUGCUUGUGCUCCUGUCGCAGUCUCCUGGGAGAGUAGGGAUCAAGUUCAGAAUCUUCCCUCUUUUCUGGAACUUAAAUGGCUGAAUUUCCCCUUUUUUCCUGCUUGCUAUCCUGUUGUGUUGAAAAGGGAUUCUAAACAGAGACUAAUUUCAGGCCCCCUGGCCCCGCCCGCCCCGUUGCCUGUUCAGUUUCGUGCCAAGGACUGAGUAACCGCCCAGCAUCGGAUCCUACCGGUGUGCAGGGCAGAGCAGACCUACGCUGGGUGUGCUCUGCUCCCCAGGACCUCACAGAAGUCGAGGCAGUCAUCUGAAUGCGGCACCUAUGGUCACGAGUGUGUGUGUGUGUGUGUGUGUGUGUGUGUGUGUGUGUAUCUGUGUCUGGGCGAGUGUGUGCACAGGUGCUUGGCAGGCGUGGUGGCCCCGUUCUCACAGUCACUUUGAUCGUGUACAGUUACUUCUGUCGUUGUCAUGAUUUACCCUCAGUGGUAACAUUUUUAUCAGAUGUGUGAAUAAACAUGAAGAUUGGUACAA